CCACAAUAAAACAUUCCGCUGUCAGCCAACACACUGCUGUGCACAACUUGUGACUAGCACACACAGGUAGUUAAAAAUACUAGCAGAAUAUUUAGUUUUAAAUACGAAACUUCAGUUAUUCGCCAUCUUCGAGAACCUGCCAGGGUAAUAACGAGUGUGACCCGGAGUAUGCUGUGCAGGGUGAAGUCGGGGGAGACGGGCAGGACGAAAACAAAGAUGGCUGUGUAAGCAGAGAGACGAGUCCCAGCAGAACUGUCUCACACCGCGGGCGGAAUCACCCACAGCUCCCGUGGGUCCAUUGGACAGUCAGUCGGUACCGGAGCAGGGACGUGAGACGAGCAGCCGAGCUGGGCCGCGGCUUCACAUCGUUGUGGUGUGCUGUCACAGCGGAUAACGGCGUCGAGAGAGAGAGAGAGCGCAACAACAGCUGAGAGUUGUUUUUGUUCUGAGAGAGAGGACUGCUGUGUGUGUGUCAACGUAGAGCUAGCCACAGAGUCUGCUAGCAUCACUCCUGGUCGCGGCAGGUACUCUUCAGAGAUAUCUAGGCAGCCAUCGCCAUGUCUUCACUGGAGGAGAGAGACGUAGGCGUAGCGGCCGCCCCUGGCUCCUCCUCGGCCGGCCUGGGGGUCGGGGCCGUGGGGGCAGCGGUGGAGGCUGUCGCUGGGGUUGCAGCCAUGCAGGAGGAGGUCGGGAUACGGCGAGAAGGGCCUGAGCCUGACCCAGACGAGCCACCCAAGAAGAGGGUUAGAAUUCCCGAGGGAGAGUCGGGAAAGCUGGAGGAGAGGCUGUACUCAGUGCUGUGCUGCACUGUGUGCCUAGACUUGCCCAAGGCGUCUGUAUACCAGUGCACCAACGGACACCUGAUGUGUGCAGGCUGUUUUAUCCACCUCCUGGCUGAUUCUCGUCUGAAGGAGGAACAGGCUACAUGUCCCAACUGCAGGUGUGAGAUCAGCAAGAACCUGUGCUGUAGGAACCUGGCUGUGGAGAAGGCUGUCAGUGAGCUGCCGACAGAGUGCACCUUCUGCCUAAAACAGUUCCCUCGUUCCAGCUUAGAGAGACACCAGAAAGAGGAGUGCCAAGACAGGGUGACACAGUGUAAGUACAAGAGGAUCGGCUGCCCCUGGCAAGGUCCGUUCCACGAGCUGCCGGCGCAUGAGGAAGAGUGCUCUCAUCCCACUAAGACUGGUACAGAGCUGAUGGGAAUACUGGGAGAGAUGGACCAGAGUCACCGCAGAGACAUGCAGCUCUAUAACAGCAUCUUUGGUCUGCUCUGCUACGAGAAGAUCGGCUUCACAGCUUCAAAUCUUGUCUUCCACUUGUGUGUCCAUCCAGAGGUUCAGUUCAGGCCGUACCGCACUGAUGACUUCAUCACUCGCCUGUACUAUGAAACCCCGCGCUUCACCGUUCUCAACCAGACGUGGGUGCUGAAGGCCCGCGUUAACGACUCUGAACGCAACCCCAACCUGUCCUGCAAGCGCACACUCUCCUUCCAGCUCAUCCUUAAAAGCAAGGUGAACUCAGCACUGGAGUGCUCCUUCCUGCUGCUGAAGGGGCCAUACGACGACGUGCGGAUCAAGCCGGUCAUCCACCACCACUCCUUCUGCAACGACGCCAACGAGACCGAGUACGUCCCCCUACCCAUCUCCGACUCCGUCGAGUGCAACAAACUGCUGGCCGCCAAAAACAUCAACCUGCGCCUGUUCAUCUUCCAAGUCCAAAAAUAAAGAGAGAGGAGGAGGAGGAGGAGGAGGAGGAGGAGGAGGAGGAGGAGGAGGAAGAGGAGGGUGACAGAGGACGAAGGGAAAAGAAUGAUGAAGAUUAAAGAGAGACACCACUGAACCACUGAUACCUCUUAACACCUACACACACAUUCACACUGACACACACAUUCACACAGGGUAAACAAACCUACACACACACACACACACACACACACACACACACACACACACACACACACACACACACACACACACACACACACACAUUAAUCCAUAUAUAUACACACACACACACCACUAAUUACACUUACCUCCUUUUACAAGAUAGUGAGACCCGUUGCUCGGGGAGCUGUGAGUUGCUAUGGCAAAGGAUGGGCCUUGUUAUGGGAUGGAGGGUUGGGUUGACACCUGCAGAAGGCACAGGUGGAGGUGUGGUGAGGGGUGUGGGGUGAGGGAGGGGGGGGGGUUCUGGAAUGAUUGUUGUGUACCUGUGGAGACUCUCUGUCUGAGGUCAGGUGUGUCUGACCUUUCACCCCUGACGCUCACAGCCAAAGGUAGUGCACACACACCGACCAAAGCAGGGUUUGCUGGGUGCAUUUGUCGCGUGUAUGUUUGUGUGUAUUGUGUGUCUGUGUGUGUGUGUGUGUGAGAGAGAAAGAGAGAGAGAAAGAUAAGGGUAAGAGAGAGCUGAGACGGACUCUGGAGCACGCUAAACUCUGCUUUUAUUCUGAAAUGUCCCAAAGACGAGAUAAUGUGAAAAUAGAGCGACUGACUGCUGAGCUUCUCUUUGGAAAUGUGAAUGUGUGUGUGUGUGGGUGUUUGUGUGAGAAUCUGUGUGUGUCUCUUCCCUUCUUUACACAAGUGCUCAUUUUAUUUUACGUCUGAAACUUUACCCAAACAGAAGAAAGACCCCCCCCCCCCCCUCACGAGGAGAGACGGCCCGGCUGCAUGAUAUUUUAGUUUUUAAAUUUAUUCCUCAACCUGUGGUUAUAUUUAACCUUUAACACUAGUUACAAUUUUAUUUCUCUUAACCCUGAAUAUUUAAAUACCUGUAAACUUAAUUUUCCUUUAGCUGGGUUUUUUUGCGUGUAACUGGCUGCCUUUGUGUGUGUGUGUGUGUGUGUGUGUGUGUGUGUGUGUGUGUGUGUGUGUGU